UUUUCCAAUUUUUUCCUGCCUUUCCACUGAUUUCCUUUUUAUCGUUGUUGCUAGUUACUUAUUGAUAUUAUUGCUACUAUGAUGGUGGUGACUGUGACUAUGAUGAUGUGUUGCUGAUGGUGGUGAUUUAAAAAAAAUGACUGCUGAUUUUUAACCGGAUGAAAAUGGAGUUUUUCUGAGUGGUCCUAACUGACUUUGGGUUUUUAACCCCUUGGGGGGGAAAACUGCAACAAGGUUUUUAAAACACAUUUUUUUAAAAAAAAGUGGAUUGAUCACGUUAACUCUUUUUUUCCCUCCCUCCCUGAUCACCUGGCUGCUAAGAACGGAACCCAAUUUCUCUCCAGAACUUGUUUGGACAUCCCAGGAAGUUCUACAGUUUUUUUAUUUUUUUAUUUUUAAUUUUUAAUAUUUCAUUUCUGUGCAAUUUUUCAACUGUUGCUGCAAUGUGUCUGUGGUGCUGAUCACUCCCUAGCAGUGACAGCCUUUCCUUGGUCAGACCCCCCCUUCUCAUGCCCUUCAGUUCCCAUCUUGAUCUUUUCCUCCACACCGUCCCUCCCUUACAAACACCGUCAUGGAAGCCCAGUCUGGAGUGGCAGAGGCAGCUACCUGCGGAGCCUUGCACGGAGCAGAUACAAACCCAUCUUGGCUGAUGUACCAGAUCUGUGCACCUGCUACGUACUUGAGUCAUGGCCAGCAACGUCACCAACAAGACAGAUCCACGCUCCCUGAACUCACGCGUAUUCAUUGGCAACCUCAACACGCUAGUGGUGAAGAAGUCGGACGUGGAGGCCAUUUUCUCUAAGUACGGCAAGAUUGUUGGAUGCUCUGUGCACAAGGGCUUUGCCUUCGUGCAGUAUGUGAAUGAGCGCAAUGCUCGUUCUGCUGUGGCAGGGGAGGAUGGCAGGAUGAUUGCAGGCCAGGUCCUAGAUAUUAACCUGGCUGCUGAGCCGAAGUUGAACCGGGGCAAAGCAGGGGUGAAGAGAUCGGCCACAGAGAUGUACGGGUCAGUAGCCGCACCACCUUCUCCGUCCCCUCUAGUCAGGUCAUCUUUUGACCUGGACUAUGACUUCCAGCGUGACUACUAUGACAGGAUGUACAGCUACCAAGCCCGGGUGCCGCCUCCACCUCCUAUUGCCAGGGCUGUGGUACCCUCCAAACGCCAGCGGGUUUCUGGCAACACCUCCCGCAGGGGCAAGAGCGGAUUCAACUCGAAGAGCGGGCAGCGGGGAUCAUCUUCCAAGUCUGGGAAAUUGAAAGGAGAUGAUCUGCAGACCAUUAAGAAGGAGCUGACCCAGAUUAAGCAGAAAGUGGAUUCCCUGCUGGAAAGCCUGGAGAAGAUAGAGAAGGAUCAAAGUAAACAGUCGGAACUGAAGAACGACAAGUCUGAAGAGGAGCAAAGCAGCAGCUCCGCAAAGAAAGAAGAGAGCAACGUGAAGAUGGAGUCCGAGACUGGGGCAGACGACUCCGCUGAGGAAGGGGACCUGCUGGACGAUGAUGACAAUGAAGACCGGGGAGACGACCAGGUACGAAGCUGGAGGCGGCAGAGAGCCAGGAGCGAGGAGAGCGGCUCUCCCUGUUUGCUAACUCGGCCCUUCUGCCUGUCCCCUUCUCUCUCUCAGCUGGAGUCCAUCAAGGGUGACGACAAGGAGCCCGAAGAAGGCGAAGACGACAGAGACAGCGCCAAUGGCGAAGAUGACUCCUAAGAGCCCAGCACACCACCCCUCCUCCUCCUCUUUCUUCCCUGGCAAACACCGAAGUUCUGAUAUUGAGCCUCUCUCCAGCCCCUUGUUGGCUGCCUCCUCGCUUCCCUCCUCUGAGCCCUCUGUGUUCAUGAUGUAGUGUCUUCUGUUGCAUCCGCCCUUCCUUCUUCCUCCCCCACCCCUCCCUCCCAGAUCUCUCCCAUUAGUUCGGUUAAGUCCCCUGUAAUUCUCCUCUUUUAAUUUUGAUACCUCUUUAUUGACUUAACAAUUAAAAGGACGUAUUGUUUUUAAA